AUGGGCGAGGGGGAGGGCGGUCGCGCGGUAGCGGAAGGGCACGAAAAAAAAUCGGCAGUCCGCGUGGACGCCGCACGUCCAUCCGCGAAGCAGCGCUCCGUCAGCCGGUCGCCGCGCGCCCGCGACAAUGACACCGCUCCAUUUUCCCUCCGCCGUCGCGAUGGAGGGGUUGGCGGCCCUGCGGCUCGGAGGCUGGGGGAUUUCGGCGCCCGUUCGGUUGGCAGUCGGAAACGCGCUGACGCUUUGAAGGUUGCGCGCGUAAAAGACCGCGCGAGGGAAUGGUGGCUUGGAAACUGCGGACUCUUCCGAUCGUCGUCAAGUUCCAUCUCAUCCAGAAAAAUUUAUGGUAGAGGUGAAGACAAGCAGAAGCCACGAAGGUCGUCCAAGGUCGUCCAAGGUCGUCCCCAGCCGCCAGCGCCCCGAGUAGCGGCGUCCAGCCUCGUGGAGAGCGGUGGGUCGCAGGGCAAGGUGGCACUGUCGGGAGUCGAACCCCUGGCCGGGGAAUUGUUCGCCACUCCGGCCGACACCUCCGCUACACCAGCCGGGGUUCACGAGGCGUGUGCAGGGCGCAGCUCAGCGAGCCGAGUGCGCCCGAAGACGCACAGGAACAAACUAGCAGCGGCAGAGUGGAUUUCUGGCUGCGAGAGAGAGGAGCGAGCUGUCUGCGGCGGACUGCGAGGAACUCACUCCAGGGUCACUAUGGACGCCUCUGGACGCUGCUUCCUGCAGUAUAGUGGGGCUGACGACUCAUGAGGAGAUUUAAGACGUUGGACACGGAAAAUACACAAAUUCGGAAGGACGGAUUAUAGUAUGACGAAGCAUUCUGUUGUUUUGAAUGAGUCAGCUACAAGUUUUAACAUGUGUAAAUUUGUUCCAGAAUUUCGUUACGCACGUUGCUAGCGAACAAUUAUGAAUAAGUUGUCUUGCAAACGGAAAAAAUGUUUGAGCUAUUAUAGUAAAUAUUGUUUUCCGCCUUUACAAACUGUGACAAAUGGGAAACGGCUACAUGAGCAGUCAGUGUUAGUCCCGCGUUUAUGAAAAAUACUGUGAGCACAAAAGGUAAAUUUCAAUUCUACGAAUUAACGUAGGCCUAACUAUUACGAAUUAUGCGCAAUUAAAGUCCAGGAAGGUGUGCGAAAAAAAUAGUUGUUCAAGCGUACUUAUAAUUGAACUUGAAAUUCAUGAUGAACAGCAAAAGCCAUAUUAACUUUGAUGUAGGAGCGCUCUAUUAAAUUUUAGUUAUUCAGAUAUUGUGUUGGAUAAGUUUUUUUAUUGUUGAGUCUGGAAAUGAAUGUAAUUGAAUGUAAUAAACUGCAGAAAGUUAGCUUAAAGUUAAAA